UAUAUAUAUAUAUAAACGUUAGUUAUGUGCCGAAUAAAUAACCCAAAAUCAAAAGAUUACUUUUUAAUUAGCGGGCAAUAAAAUCGAUAAUCAUUGACAUUAACAAGAGGUUGGUGACUCUCUGUUGUUGUGGUGCAAGACAAUAAUCUUCAAACCAAUUCCUCAAAACGCCUAACGCACCUUUCCAUCAAAACCAAGCUUCAGAUCCAAAGCGUGCAAAUUCAGAUCUGUUUCUUUCUCUCUUUCUCAAUCAAUCAUCCCCAGUCAAAGUUCUUGUCUUCAGUUCAAUCCAACCCUAACUAUAGAGUAGCUAUCUAAGAGCUCUGGAGCUGGUUCUUCUUUUGGACUGAUAUAAAGAUAACCUGUUUUUACAUACUGAGUAUUGGUUGGUCCCCACGUGAUGAUUCAAUUAUAGAAGCAGGUCCUGUGCCUGAUCAGUGGUCCAUGCACUAGCUGUGUUAUGCGACGAAGUUUACUUAUGUUGCUGGAUUUGGUGGCAAGUGAUGAUAUUAAACAUAAGCUGGAUGGAAGAGUAUAUACAUGGAUAUAGCUUGAUAUGCAAUAGGAGAUGGUACAGAGUGAAUUGGAUUCUGAGAAUGUUGAGUUCACAGUGAUUGAUGAUGUGGGUAGUGAAAGCCUAGGUCCUGGCAUUCGUAGAGAACUUUCAUUUUCACGUUGGUGUGAUGAUGAUGGAAGGAUCCAUUUGGAUCAGCAAUUAGGUAAUGAAGAUGCUGGUGUAGAAGAUGACUCCGAUUUUGAGUUACCGUUUCCUGAAAAGAAUGAGCUGCUGAGCAGAUCUUUAGAUAGAGAGAGAUUCUUUCACCAAAAGUUUCAGCUGAGGAAUAUGCAAAUGAACGGUAUUGGUACCAUGGAUGAUGAUUCUGUUCAUCGGAGAGGUAAUGGAUCCGAAAAGUAUGUGUCUUUUGACAUUGAGGAUAAGUCUGAAAGAGGAACAAAAGGUGUUGAUUCCUACAUUUCUGUGGGUGGUGAUGGGUCAUUGGGAAAAAGCUUCCAGAAUCCUAUUCAUGCAGCAAAUAUAUUGAAGACAUUGUUUUUGAUACUUAUGUGGUACACUUCCAGUCUAUUUUUGACCCUGUAUAAUAAAAGUCUAUUGGGAGAUCAUAUGGGAAAGUUCCCAGCUCCCUUUUUAAUGAAUACUAUCCACUUCACAAUGCAAGCUGUGUUAUCAAAAUUUAUCACCUGGUUUUGGUCUCACAAAUUUGAGACUAAUGUUGUCAUUUCAUGGGGGGAUUACUUUUUGAGAGUUGUACCAACUGCUUUUGGAACUGCGAUGGAUGUUAACUUGAGCAAUGCAUCUCUAGUUUUCAUCUCUGUCACAUUUGCUACAAUGUGUAAAUCUGCUGCUCCAAUUUUUCUCCUUCUGUUUGCUUUUGCUUUCAGGUUGGAGACACCAAGUGUUAAACUAUCAGGCAUCAUCUUAAUCAUUUCAGUUGGCAUAUUAUUAACAGUUGCAAAAGAGACAGAGUUUGACUUCUGGGGAUUUGUACUUGUUAUGCUUGCUGCUGUUAUGUCUGGGUUUCGUUGGUGUAUGACUCAGAUCCUUUUGCAGAAAGAAGCCUACGGUCUGAAAAAUCCACUUGUCCUGAUGAGUUAUGUAAGUCCAGUAAUGGCAGCAGCAACUGCCCUUCUUUCUCUUGCAUUAGAUCCAUGGGAUGAAUUCCGAGAAAACAAGUACUUUGAUAAUUCAUUGCAUAUUACUCGAAGUUGCUUGCUGAUGCUUCUUGGUGGCACACUUGCCUUUUUUAUGGGAGAGCCAAUGUUAGAGAUGGAGGAAAUGCACAUUUGGUCUAAGAAGGUGGAGCUGCCAGCGUUCAUGGGGACAGAUCCAAUUGGUUGGAUUGUUGGGGCUGAAAAAUUCUGAGGUACAAGAAAUUCCUUCAUUCCAUAAGCUGCAAUAUGCAUUCAUGAGCAUGGAGGGUGUUGUGAUGCGUUGGUUCUACAUUUGGGGCCAAAAGAACCCAGAUUCAGAUUGGGAGUCAUUUUCCACAGCUUUGAUGAAAAGAUCCGGAGAUCACUAUGGUAACCCACACAAAAAAAGAUUAAGUAUCAUGAAGAAAGAAGAACAAAUUGAGACGGAAACCCACAUGAAAAAAAGGGAGACUUCCACAGAGUUCUUGAAAGAAAGGACCAACAUUUCAGAGCUGAAACACAUGCUGCGCAAGAUAUUGAAUGAAGAAGUUGAUUCUCAUGCCUCUUAACAAGACAAAAAUAGCAUGGAGGGAAGUGAGUCAGAAUGCAGUGAAGCAAAGGCUAGUUCUUGGACAAGAAAGGUGAAACUUUCCAGCUUUAAUAGAAGCAUAGAAGGGGGAACUAAUUUAAAGGGUAAUAGUUUUGAGUGUGACAGUGAUCCAUUACAGUUCUUGAAAUCAGAAAACAGAAAUAAAUAAGGUUCCGUAAUCAAGAACCACACCCUUUGUGGUGGAGAAGAAACCAAAAGUGAUGAAGCAAAAUUAGCAAGAGAAAUAAAGAUUGAAAAGGUUAUGGAGGAAGAAGUUGAUCCAUCGAUAAAGAGGGAGAAGCACAAGGAAAAUGGAGUGACGAAUGUGGGCUGCGAAGACGAGUUUCUUGAUAACCCAAUAACAGGUUUGAUCAAAAAGGAAGUUGAAGCUGGUGAUACAACUGAGCCUCAUUCUUUUCAAGUUUCCAUAAAAAGAUUGUUAUGAUGAAACAUAAAUCACUCUUGGACCCAAAUUCGAUCAUGAAGGUGGUUGGAACAUCAAUGGCAUUGGAAUCAUGGAAUUUCAACUUGCUGUGUCAGCCUUUAGCAUUAAACUUUGUUGCAUCUAUGGCUGACAGCUCAGCAGUGGAGCUAAGGCAGAAGGAAUGUACUGAGUCAGUCAUGGUGAUUAAAGUUAUAUGGAGUCCGCCCUUGUCCCUCCCACCACCGAAGCUGCUGGACCUCAGUUUGCUUGCAGGGGCAGUGGGUCGUUCCCAGUUAAGUUACAAGGGGUGCAGUUGUCUUCCAGCAAUCGGAGAAAACUUGAGGAAGUUUCAGUGUGAAAUUCCAGUUUUCAAAUUCCAACCUUGAGGACAAGGUUGAUUUUUAGGAAGGGUGUUGAUAAGCAUAAGCAUAAGCCACACAUCACCAAGGUGUACACCCACAAACAGCGAGCAAGAGAAGCAAUAACCAUGGACCACCAGCAGCAGGGCGCACAACACCCAAGGGGUGCAAACCACCCAACAGUUACGACCCACCCAAAAGGUGCAAGGUCAGAAGAUGUGAAUCAAGGGGACAUGACCCUUGUGAACAGUCACAACCAACCGUUAUGAUCCGCCCUAGGGAUGCAAGGUCAAGAGAUGUGAAUCAAGGGGACAUGACCCUUGGGAACAGUCACAACCAACCGUUAUGAUCCGCCCCAGGGUUGCAAGGUCAAGAGAUGCGAAUCAAGGGGGCAUGACCCUUGGAAACAGUCACAACCAUUCAGAAUAAUUGUGUCCAUUAGAUGUAAUAUAAAUAGAAGUAAACCAGAAUGGGAAAGACACUCUGGAAUUAGGAAGAAUCUGAAUUGUGGAGAGACAGGCUCUCGAAAACCUGUGUAAUAAAAUAUCUCAAAUUAUCUAUAAAAAUUUCUAUUUCAUCUUUUCAAA